UAGACGACAGAGGAAUGUCUCGCCAGUGCUUUAGGCUUUAGCUCGCAUGAUCACCCUGGAACUGCCGAUCCUGGAAUUUGCAGAGAGAGACAAGGCUCGCUGGAGUUGGGGGUGGCAGUGCCAGGCAUGGACAGCACCAUCACGCUGUGGCAGUUCCUGCUGCAACUUCUUCUGGAGCCCAAGAAUGACCACCUGAUCUGCUGGACAUCGAAUGAUGGCGAGUUCAAACUGCUCAAGGCUGAGGAUGUGGCUAAACUGUGGGGAUUUCGCAAAAACAAGCCCAACAUGAAUUAUGAUAAGCUGAGUAGAGCACUACGAUAUUAUUAUGAUAAGAACAUUAUUAAAAAGGUGAACGGACAGAAAUUUGUAUAUAAAUUUGUGUGUUAUCCGGAGAUAUUAAACAUGGACCUCAACAUGGUGGCCAGGGCUGAGAAUGGGAUGGAAACAAGCUCUCCUGAAAUGAAUAGACCACUGAAGGACAAGGAGAACCACAGCCAGGAGAAAGCAACCUCGUCCUCCAAGAUCUCCAGCCGCAACGAUUACAUCCACUCAGGUCUCUACUCGUCCUUCACCUUGAAUUCGUUGCAAACCAACCCGAACAUCUUUAAGUCAAUUAAAAUCGAGAACCCAGCCGAGAAACUGCCAGAGGAGAAGAAGAAGAAGCCCUCUCAUCAGGAACCAGUGACCGUCAUUAAAUUCAUAACCAACCCACCUAAAAGGCCGCCACCAGUCUCUGUGGUAGAACCUGCAAUGGUGCCCUCAGUUGCAGUGACCUCACCAAAGCCGGUGUUAAUGGAAGACUCCCUGUCCGUGCCAAACAUCGUAGCAUCUUUUACCACUACUCCGCCCAUCUCCUCCGUCUCACCCUCCACACCCCUGCCCUUGAGCCCUGGCUCACCCAUUUUAGCCUCCUCCUUGGAUCCUCCCACUACCUUAGCAGUCAAGACUGAGCUGGCUGCCAGUCCUUCGGAUGACUUGACGCGGCCUCUGGAGCUCUCCUCGGAUGGGGAAGAUCCGUUGUUGGACAAUCCAGAAGCCAGACAUCAAAAGGGCCGGUCAAAGAAGCCUAAGGGACUGGAACUGACUCCGGCAUUGGUCAUUACCAGCAGUGACCCAAGCCCUCUGGCUUUACCAAGUCCUCCCCUCCCAGCGGCUUCACUAACACCGGCCUACUUAGCCCAGACACCAUUCUUACUGACUCCCAGUCCAUUGCUCUCCAGCAUCCAUUUCUGGAGCACUCUUAGUCCUGUGGCCUCACUCAGUCCUGCCAGAAUCCCUGGAACCAGCACUUUAUUUCAAUUCCCUAAUAUCGCCAACAGUCACAUGCAGAUCCCAUUGUCAAGUGUUGAUGGCUCAUCGACUCCGGCAUCCUUGUCACCAGACCUUCAGAAGGCCUAACAAGUCAAAAAGGCAUGGCUGUGCAACAAGGCUACAAAGGGAACCCCUAUCUGAGAGACAAAGAGGACCGGUGGCAAUGACAACCAGUCUAAUUCAAAAUCUUUGGUGCCCACGUCUAUGAGUCUUCGGUGCUGGUAGCGGUAAUCAAAGGUCCCUGCCCAGAGCAGCACAACAUGCUGGCAUAACUGUCGCAAUGAUAGGAUCCAUUUUUGUUUAUUUUUUAAAAAUUUGAUUUGGAAUCCACUUCUUUUACUGAAUCCGCUUAAUCAAGAAACUGUGACAAGAUUUAAUGCUGUAUCAAUGCAAGUGAUAAAAGAUGGACAACUUUUUGCAUAUCUCACAAUUUCUAUGAAACCAUCUAGUUGUUAUUUUGGGGCUCCUGCACCUGUACUGAAUUUAUUGUUUGGCUUGAAGAAGUGAUCUCCAGGGACACAGUUGACAUUUUAUUUAGAUCUGUAUUGCUGCCUCUCUCGUCUGUACACUCACUGAUUAAUGGGUUUUAGGGUGAAGAUUAUGGAUAACUGGAAGACCAAGAACAGCUCAUGUCACACCCCUGAAGAUCGUAUCUGAUUGCAACUCAUUUGUAGGUUGUGAACAACAAUUUUCAAAGUGCUCCCUCAUUAAAUGAUGAUUAUUGAGACUGAAUUAGGGUCAGACAUGCAACUGACUUCAGGGAGCUGGACCCAGACUUCAUAUCAUUGGUGCAGCCUGCUCCUCUUCUUCCUCUCUAUGGACCUGCCUCGUAUCCAUUAUUAGGAUCAUCCGCCUUUGUGAAUUAUAACUGACAAAGCAGGGUCUGUCCAACGUCUGCAAUGUGCACGUGAUGGACUUGUAGGACCAUGCUGUGUGCUCCUUCUUGCCUAUUGCAUCAGGGCAUUCUGCAAAUGUGCCUAUGUGGCAAUUCAUGAACACCACUUCACUUCAGAGCAGCUUGGCAAAGGUGCUGUGCCAGAGUGGAAGAAUUAGAUUUACCAACUGAACCCAGGUUACAUUGUAGCUUUGUUCGAGAUACCCUUGUCAGUUUUCUAGUAAUCAUCAUUAACUUCACCUCCAAUUCUGCCUAGCUCUCCAUCUUCCACCCUUCAGUUUGUCUAUUCUGCCAUCUCCCAUCCUUCAAUCUAUUUAUCCCUCCCCGUCCCAUGUUUACCCGUCCAAUUCCAGUUUAAGGGUUGUGAGGGGCAGACAGGAAGGUGGAGUUGAGACCACAACCAGGUCAGCCAUGAUCUUAUCGAAUGGUGGAGGAAGCUCCAAGUGCCGAAUGGCCUACUCCUCCUAAGUCCAAUGUUCAAUCCUGUCAUAACAUCUCCACCUCUGAUUCAGUGCACCUUUCCUUCUAUAUAGGAAGUUUCAGUGUAUUUUACCCUCCCUCACUAAUCAGCAAAUACUAUCUGCAGUCCUUCAGCAUUUCUUCCGUUUUCUGCUCCAUCAUAUGCAUGAUGUCAUUCUCACCGUCACUCUUUCAUCACUGGCUAAUCCCUUGAUCAUGAGAUGGAUUUAAAGUGCCCUUCAAGUCAGCUCAAGGUUUUCAGUUCAAAGUUGCGAAAAGAAAUGGUAAGUUAAUUUUGUGCAAGGGAGCAGUGAAAAAGCUUGAAGUCAUUUUUUACAGCAAGAAGGUUGGAAAAUGACGAAGCACUCUUUGAAAUUCAGCAUCAGUUUCUGUUGUUGUAUUUAACACUAGGUAGGCGAAAUCUCCUCUUGUGUGUCUAUGUUUUUCUGAUAGGGUGGGGGCUGAUUUAUUAACUAGAAUGAAGACUGAUCUUGUGUGGGUUUUGCACACACAAUAUAAAUCCUUCCAGGUAGGUGCUAAAACCAAACUCCCUCCUUGAGGUGAUGAUUGUCACAGCAGUUCUCUUCCCACUAAAGUGGACCUUUACUGGAUCAUGUCCGCAUGUUUAUGUACACGGUUGGUGCUUUUAAAGUUAAAAAGAGGGAAAUGGGUUUUUUUUGGUAAAUUUAUUAAUGGUACAUUAUCAAUUUUGAUAUUGUGUUAGUCUUCUGAAUCCUAGCCUCAUUGCAAUUCAAGGAAUUCCGCACACUGACAGACAUAAAUACUUGCCAUAUUUAGUAGCCAGCAUCCUAGCAGCUUGCCAAUCUCAACCCCCGAGCAGCUCAACCUAUCCAACCAAGCCUUGUUUCACAUCAAUCCAAAUCUUUGAUUAAUUGCUGAAGAGUGUUUCUUCUUGUUUAUAGGGGUAGUGUCACCAUGUUUUGGAAUCAGCCAAGGUGCUGUCUGCUUUUUUGGGGUUCAAGUGGGCAUAAAGGUUGGUGUGAUUUGGAGAAGAGAAGGUUGUUGGCUUGGUCUUCUGGCCAACAUUCCUCCCUUGACGAACAGCAGCUACAAAAGGAAAGGGAUUAACGGGUCAUUCUUCUCGUUGGCAUUCGUGAGAUGCUACAGGUGUGGAACAAUUGCCUCAGCUGCCUGUACAGCUACUGUGGCUGCACUUCACAAAGGAAUUCAUUGUAUGAAAGCACCUUUCAGAUGUUCCAGCAAAUAUAUCAAAGCAUGCGUCAUCAAUAUUGAAGUUGUUGCUCAACCAAAUUGAAAUCGAGCUCGGGCCAGAUGCAGUCGAGACCUGAUGAUGCCAGCACAAUGGCAAUGGAGGUAGUCGGUAACAAUCUCUGAUCCAAUAAGUUUUGAGAACAAGAACACUUUCUAAUGAUGUGGUCAGAUAUUUUGAUUUGAAUAAUUGUUGCAUCUGUUUAUCAAUCGCCAAUGGACUAAUGGAAAGGAACUGGCAGACUGUGAACCUGCACGGAGUGAGGCUCUCUGGGCACUUGAGGUGGCCAAGCAUUAACCAGCACCAAGUGAAUUUAACAGUGAAACAAGUUGGCAGAAUAUAAAUGCAAUGGAGUUGAA